GAGUGUAUACAGCACAGCAGGCGGGACACCCUGCACUCCCCUGCCGCACACAAUGACUGACACUCUGCUUCCAGGGAACCUCAAGGGAAAUAUGCGGCCAGAUCAGAGCGACUCCCGAAAGGUCCCAUUUAGAGAUUUAAAGGGCCACACAAGUCAUGUGACUUCCUGUCAUUUCUGCUUUGAUGAUACAAAACUUCUAACAUGUUCACAUGACGGGAUGGCCAAGCUCUGGGAUGUUUCCACGCUUACUUUGAUCCGCGAGUUCGGCGAUGAGCACACGGCUCCGAUUUCUGAGUGCAAUCCGACGCAGGAUAACACCAGAAUGGUCACAUCAUCGUAUGACAAAACCGCCAAGCUUUGGGACUUGGAGACCGGAAAAGCACUUUGGUCAGUGAGCCUAGACGGGCUUGUUACGUCGUGUAACGUCUCUGGUGAUGGGAAGCGCGUUGUGUGUGCUGUGGAUGUGGAGAACGCGGCCUGUAUCAUUGAUAGCGCAACUGCCUCUAUAGUGGUAAAUAUUAAAGACCAUCACACUAGCACCAUAAUGAGAUGCUGCUUCGACCCUGAGAGCCAGAGGAUUUGUUCCGUAUCAUCUGACAGAUCAGUGAAACUGUGGGACAUAACCGCUCAACGUACCACUAUCAAAAUAAAUCAAGCACACAACAAUGUCAUUUCAGACUGUGUCUUCAGUUCUAAUGGCCGCUUAUUAUGUACAGCAUCGUGGGACAAGAGUAUAAAGCUUUGGGACAUUAAUACUGGAGCGUUCCAACACCGGGGGCCAGAUAAUCUCCUCCAUGCGCACACCGGAUCGGUCAGCUCCUGCGCGUUUUCCAAGGAUGCAUCCGUCCUGGUAUCAGGAGGCUAUGACCGAACAAUUGUCCUCUGGGAUGUGAGCUCUGCGCGCAAGAAGCUUGUGUUGAAGGGUCACGCGGAUUGGGUGCUGGAUGUGGCACUCAGUGCCAGUAAGAAAUGGCUUCUCUCUUCUUCAAAGGACUCUACUCUGAGACUGUGGAACAUAGAGAAGUAUGAAGAUAUCCCCGCUGUUAUAGAAAAUAAGAAAGCGAUUGGCUCCAGGUUAUCCCAGUGCGAAAAGUGUGAGAGGCCUUUUCCUAUCAUGCAUUGGGACAACGCAAGCGUGACCACCCGCUGUGUCUUCUGCCGCCUGUCCACCCCACCCAGAAGCCCUCUGACGUUACCCACUGCACCAUCUAGCGACUUUUCUACCCUAUAGUAUAUUCUUAUGCCGUAAAGCCACAACAUAGGAAGCCGUUGCUACAGUUAGAAAGUUAGAUUGUGAUAAAAGCACUGGAAUCGUGUUUGAGAGCAGGUAUAUUUUUCCAACAGUAGGUUUCUUAUGUGUUUAAAGCCCCAGGAAAGGUCUUUGGCAGAACCGUUUCCUAAAGAGCUUCUGGACUUUGGCAAAAGCCAGAGAAGGGUUCCUGGGGUAAUGGAUGGAGAGUGCGGGUGGGCUCUAUCCAUUAGGCCCAGUUCGGGUCUUUAGGGCCUUAGCUUCAGAGAAGGCUAAUCAUGGGCAUGGGUGUGUUAAAAGGCUGUAAGCCUGGACAUGGAGUGCCUCGUUACCUGGGGAGUAUGCUGCUGGCUUGCAGAGAGAGACACCAUUACUGCUUGAAGGCAGUCCUGUACUGAAUUGGUGAUUUGCACGGUAGGUCUUUUUCACACAAAUAGGAGCCUAUUUAUCACUGAAUAUUUGCAGCUUAAUUCCCGAAAACACCCAUUUUCGGGGGCUAACCUGUAAAUAUUUGGUAUCCCCUGAAUGUAUAACAGAGGGACCGCAGCAGAUACACUAUCUCCGAUACCUGCUGCUAUCCAUCUAUUCCUGUCAGCAGCCGCAACCCCCCCCCCCCCAGCUACUGCCAUCUGAAGAUAGCGGUAGCCCGCUGUAGCCUAUGGGCUACACUUUAGAUAGUUAGCCGUGAGACGGUUAGUCCAGAACCUUCCCCGGCACUGGCCGCCACGCAUGCGCAGGAGCCCCGGCAGCACCCAGAGCACAUGGCAGAGAUGGGCUCCUCUCAAAGCUCCUGUCCCUGGGGGUGCUCUAUGAUACAUCCUGCUGCAAAAAUCACAUAUUGCAAAGUGAUUCUGGGCGCUAGUAUCGCCUCCUAAUCGCAACUUUCUGUAUAGUCGGAGCUGGACGGGCUAGGAUUUGACAAAGACACCAGCAGAGUGCAGAAACGCGUAGGUGAAUGGCUUCCAGUGCUGCUAUCACUAUUACUCCCGCUUCCCCGAUUCCAAUACAUGGCUCCGCUGAGCUUAUAUGUCAGUGCUGCACUGAGCUCACUGCUCUGCCUUUUACCAACCUUUACCAAUUCCUGGCCACCACCAGCACCCAUAUCCAGAUUAAGGGGGAAGGUGCAGGGCAUAGUGUCCCCUGGGCUCCCCUGCCAGGGGACAUUGACAUCAAUAGCUUUCCCUCUUAUGCAGCAGCAGAAGCAAGCGGCCAGAAUGUGAGCAGGACAGUAUGCAGUGCAGGCAGAGACACAGGAGUAUCACGUUUCAUGACCUACCUAUGGAGCUUCCCGACCAGAGGAGAGAUAGGAGGGUGGAGAGAGCUGUAAGUGACACAGGGAUCCCAGCUUCGCCUCCUCCCUCCCUGCCUGACUGUCUGGGUCCUGUGUAACCUGUUAUCUAAUGAGGGUCUAGAGAGAGACCUCCUCAGUCCUGUCCCAGUGUGUAAGCAGUACAGAGGCUGCUGCUAUUCUUGCAUAUGACAUGAUAAAUUAUAGAUUUUAUUUUUCUGUGUAUAUUUAAAGUUGUUUAAGUUGUCUUUGUUCCACUACAAGAAAACUUUAUAAAAUAAUUGUCUUUCAAUUAGGUGGAGCUAUAAACAUUACUCUGGCAUUAUUAAACUAUUUGUUUAAAUCUAAUAUACACCAUUGGUUUAAAUUUAAUAUACACAAUCCUUACCUCCCAACAUGACCCAUUCCAGGAGGGACAAAAUGCUCUCUACCUGGACUUCCUUCUUAAGUUAUGAGUGCAAUCACCUGUGUUGAAACACCUCUCUUAUCAAUUAAGGGGGAGAUGUACUAAACA